ACCACGAGUAAGUCAAAAGAAUACCUUUUUCGGCUCAUCACUAACAUUCUACAGGACUAUUCCGUUUGCAAGGUAUGUUCUAUCGUUUGUACCAUGAUCUUGGCUAAUCUUGAGCAGCCGUAUCCAAACCUGCAUCCAACGUUAUCGAGGUCGCCGAAAGCUCGAUGAGUUUCGCAGCAACAUCAUCACAAAGUACUUGAUGCUUGGUGGUGUUGAAGCUACAAAUAAAGCUUUCACCGGAGGAUUGGACCAAGACACCCUCGAUAAUGCUACAGCGGCUGAGAUUGCUGAAGUAACAGCUACCGACUUCGUCCGCACUGGCACAACUAAUGCUAAGUACUACGAUGGCUCGGAAGGUUGGGUAGUUGACUUCGAGGGUGUUGCAAAGGGAUUCUUGUAAGACCUCAUGUUGCUCGAGAUAUCACUGUGACUAACUUGUCGUAGCUCGUACCGGCUGAUUAAUAUGUUUCCCAUCGACGAUCAAAAGGAUAUUGAGCUAUACACCUCAACCAUUCGAAACUUCCUCAACUAUGUCCUCCACCACAGAGUCUGCGAAGAAUAUACGUCAGAUGUCUUAGCGGCGCGCAAGGUCUGCAGUCUCGCCGAGAAGGAGUUGUGGGCUAUCAAGCAACUCGAAAAGAAGCUUCCAGGAGACUUCAACAUCGCUGCAUCAACUCUUCACGGAGGUCGUUAUGAGAAUCUCCACAUGGGCACGGCUCCUUGGGCUGUUGAGUCUCCAGAAUAUCAAGAAUAUGCUGCCGCUGACCAAGGUCUCGAAGUUCGAGAUGCUGAGAUGAUCUUCAAGACUGCCAUUGCAUUCGCUGGUGAUGAUGACAUGUUCAUCGAGGCCAUGAAAGCAGAUAUCCACAUUGUCAAGACCACCACUCGCUGCUUUGAGGUUGCAGGUAUCGAACGCCCAGACUUGUUGACCGCCAGCCAGUAUAAAUCGGUACCACAUGUCCGUGGCAUCAAGGCACUAGGUGUUCUCAAGCUCAAGCAUUGGGAGGGUCCUAAGAUCAUUCCAGAGGAUUUCACUGACGAUGAGGAUGAUCAAACCAACAAGAGUGAUGCCAUUGAAUCGUUCUGGCUUGAGGAUGAUAUUUUGCAACUCUGUUAUAUUGGUCUAAAGAUGGAGAUUGAGGUUCAUGAGCUUAACAUCGGGGUUAAGUUUUUCGACAGAUUGCACGGUCUCUAUUGCUCCUUCUUCGUCGCUCUUCCGAACGAGAAGAUGCUUGGAUAUAAGGAAUCAGGUAAGACUUCAUUCCCGGAAACACAGAAAACCCUUGGCUAACUUGAAACAGUCCUCAAUACCAGACCUGCACCAAGCGAGGACGACCCCGAAGUCGAAG